AUGGCGCCGGCGGUGGUCCAGCCCACCUCGAACGGCGCGCGACCCGCGAACCUCCUCGCCCACGGAGCGAACGGUAGCACCGAUCCCGGACGGCCGGCAGCGUCUUGCCUCCCGCGUCGGCCCGCGGUGGGCGUCGCCGCGCCGCGAUCGUGGUCACGCAAGUCGUCCAUCCGGGGCGAGGGCGUCAAUGCGCUCGCCCCGCUUCGCCGCGUGCACGCGCAAUCGCGACGAGGCGACGCCCACGCGUCCACUCCCCGAUCCACACGCUCAGCCGCGGGCGAUGACGCCGACCGACGCGGAGGCCAUCUGCUGCGAAGGACGCGCCGCGGCGAAGUCGUGGUGACCGCGGCCGCCGCGACCGACGAGCCCGGCGUCGAGCCCGGCCUCGAGCGCGUGCCCGUGUCCAUCACGGGCCAGAAAUCGCUGGGUCUGUGGACGUGCCUCGCGGUUGCGGCGACGCUCUACUCGGUUCCGUUUGGAUUCGUGCGGUGGAACCUCUCCACCAUCGCGCCGUUGGUCUGGUGGCAGAUGGCGGCGUCCACGGCGAUGGGCACCGUCUUCGCGCUCCCGUUCCUCCUCGCCAUCGCCAACCCGGCCGUGGCGUACAGGCUGGACUUUCCGCGCUUGGCGCGCGUCUCUUUCGGCGUCAAGGGUGCGGCGCUGGUGAACCUCAGCCGCGGAGUCUUGGGAACCGCGCUCGUCGCGCUCACCACCCUCAUCGGCGGCGAGGCGGCGUACGGACUGUGGGGAGAGAUCUCGUACAUGUUCUUCGACGGCGCGCCCCUGCCCGCGGAGGCUCGCGCCAUCGCCUACGGCGCCUUUUGGCUCGCGCAGACGAUCAUUGCGGGUGGAAAGAGCACUGGGGCCAAGGUGCUGUUCCUCGGCCGAGCCGCGGCUCUCGUCGUCGGGGCGUACUUCUUCUGGUCGUGGAACGCGGGCGACGCGUCCACGGUGUGGGAGGCGACGAUGGCGACGAUGCCCGCGCUGAACACACCGGGCGCCCUCGUUCCCGACUUUCCCAAAGAGUUUUGGCGGCACGCGCUCAUGACCACGGGAGUUUGGAUGACGCUCGGGACGGUGCUGCCCGAUUACGCGCAGCGCAUGUCCAGCGCGGGCCGCGUCGCGAAGGGGCAGAUCGCGUGGCUGCCGGUACUCACCGCGUGCGCCGCGCUCGUCGCGUCGUCCAUGGCGCAGGCGCCCAACCUGGCGUUGUAUUCCGUCGUCGCCGUCGCCGCGCUGGUGACGAACGCCGUCGCAAAUUUCGUCGGCCCGAUGGCGGCGAUCGGCGGUGUCAAGCCCGGGAUGGGAAGCGCCGUUGCCGUCUCCGUCCUCAUCGCGUGCGCGGCGCCGCUGGUCAUGACGUGGCAGCAGACGGUCGCGGUGGCGUCGUGGGCGGUGGGCAUCGGCUCCCUCCUCGUCGCGCCGGUGGCUGGCGUGAUGCUCGCCGACUAUUGGAUCAUGCGCGGCCGAGUCGUGGACCGGUCGCAGCUCUCGAGCGAUACCGGCCCGGGCGGUGCGUACCACUACCUCGGCGGCGUGAACAUGCGCGCGGUGCUCGCCUUUCUCGUCGGCGUCGCCCCCGAUCUCAUCUCCGUGGCUCGGGGCGCGUCGACCAUCUUCGGCGGGUCGGCGAGCGCGACGGCGAUGGGCGCCGAAUCCUUCCUCUCCGCGUACGUGGUCAACAUGGAGUACUCGUCCAUGAUCGGCUUUGGCGCGUCGUUCGUCGCCUACCUCCUGCUCUCCGUGCUGUUCACGCCGGAUUCGCUCAAGAUUGCGAGGGCGGAGGCGAGGCGCAUGAAGGAGGAGGACGACGAGCUGGCGAGGGAACUCGCCGCGGCCAAGGCGGAUCCCUACGUCGACGGCCCGGCGUCCACCAAGUACGCCAACGCCGUCGCCGCGUCGACGUCGUCGGUUCCAACCUCGGCGUCGUCAUCGUCGUCGAAACCCGGGCGGCCAUCCGGGUCCACCGUCGAGGCGGGCGCCCCCGAGCCCGUCAAGGCGAAGGCGGCGGCGGCGGUCGCCACCGAGGAGCCCGUCGCGAAGCCCUCGCAACAAAGCCCGGCGUUUUUCGUCAAGAAGUCCAAGGCGGCUAAGAACGAGUUCAUCGUCAACUCCAGCCUCGGCGACGGUCGCCAGGAGCCGCCGGAUUCCGACGGCGAUGACGUCGACUACGACGCCAUCGUCGAGUUUUAUCGCGCCGCGGCGGCUCGAAUCGAGCGGUCGCUCCUCCCCGCGAUGGCGUCGCGCGCCGAUGCCCAGAACAACCUCCGUGCGCUCGCCAAGGAGCGCCAGAUCAUGCUCGAGGGCCACGUCGAGAACCGGGACGUCAUGUCCAUGGUCGAGGUUCGCUACGAGGUGAUGCAGAUGAACCUGCUCAUCGCGGAGGCUGAGCUCGCGGCGGCGGAGAUUGAGCGCGACCUCGCCGAGGCUCGCGCGUUUUUCGAGGGCGAGCUGGAGGAGGACGUGUCCGACAUCGAGGAGAGGCUGGAGCGCGACCCGCCGAGGCCGUCCAGCAGAUCCGCGGACGCCGUCCAGGAGGUGGUGUCAACGCGCCGCGGCCGCGCCAACACCGCCCGAAGAGACGCCGUGGACGCGUCUGGAUCGGCGAGGGACGCGAACGCCUCGGCGAGAAACGCGAGCGAGGCGGCGGAUAACGCCGCCAACGAGCUGCGCGCCGAGGACGAGACCCGCUCGCUGCUGCGCAACUGGGCGGUCGCGGUCGGGACGUGGGAGCUCCCGCCCGUGCUCGACGUGCCGAUGCUUCCCAUGUCGGACGCGGAGGCGGCGCAACGGCAGAAGGAGGACGCCAGGCGAGCAGAGUACGAGUCCAAGGUGCGCGCGGAGCGGGAGAACGAGUCCAUCCGCCGCCGCGAGGAGGACGCCAGGCGCGCCGCCGCCGAGGCUGACAUCCGCCGCAUGGAGGAGGAGGAGCAGCGCGUCCGCGCGCAGGAGGAGCAGCGCCGCCGAGCCGCCGCCGACGAGGUGCAGCGCCUCGAGGCGCUCAUCCAAUCCGUCACCGACUCGCUCACGUCCACCAAGUCCUCGAUGUCCAACACCGUCAACCUCCGCAAGUCCGAGGAGGACGCCAACGUGAGCCGCGAGGACCAGAGGCGCGAGCUCGCCGCCGCGGACAUCGCCCGCGCGCAGGCUGAGAUCAAAGCCGCGCAGGAGAGGGAAGCCACCCGCCGAGCCGAGUUUGAACGCAAGGUGGACACCUCCGCCGCGCAGGAGAAGCUUCGCAGGGCGGAGGAACUCGAACGUCGCGAGGCGUGGGACGUUGAAACGGCCGCGCUGGAAGAGGAGGAGACGAACCGACGCGCCGAGGAGGACGCCGCGAGGGAGGCGUCGCUGAAGAAGGUGUACGCCGCGAGAGACGCGCUCGCCGUCGUCGUCGACGGAAUCUCUCGCCGCCGAUCCGAUUCCCUGCUCGCGAUGCGCGAGCUGAUGGACGAGGAGGCGCGGCUCAGGGCGGAGGAGGACGCGAGGCGCGCCGCCGCCGAGCGCGUGAUCAACCAGGCUGCCCUCGAGGAGCGCGGCAAGCUCACCGCCGAGGAGGAUGAGCGCAGGGCGCGGGAAAACCUCCGAAGGAUGCAAGCCGCCGACGCGGCGCGGGAACGCGCCGCGCAGGAGCAGGCGAAGAUCGCGGAGGAGGACGCGAGGCGCGGCGAUAAGGACGACGCCGUUCGAGCCACCGCCGACGCCCUCGAGGCUCUCGAGCGAGACAUCAAGGCGAGGCGAGCCAACGCCGACAACGACGCCGAGGCUCGCCGCCGGGCCCUCGCCGACAUGCAGGAAUCCGAGCGACGACGCAGGGCGGUGGUCGAGCAGGACAUGGCGGUCGCCGCCGAGUCCGAGGCGAGGGCGAGGGCCGAGGAGGACGCCCGCAAGCAGGCUGCCAUCGACGAGGUUGCGCAGAUGGAGGCGACCAACGCGGCGCUGCUCGAAGCCGAGGAGAGGCGCCGCUACGAGUUCAAGAUGGAGACGAUCCGCAUCAUCCAGGAGAACGAGCGCACCCUCCAAGAGGAGGAGAAGCGCCGCGCGGUCGCCAUCGCGUCCAUGCAGCGCGCCCUCGAGGAGGAGGAGCGCCGGGUCAAGUCCGAGGACGACCGCCGCGCUCGAGCCGCCGCCGACGCCAAGCGAGCCAAGGAGACGGAGGAGAAACGCGUCGCGGACGAGAACCGACGACGCGACGCCGCCGACGCCGCCAUGAAGAAAGCCGCGGAAGACGAAACGGCGCGACGCAAGGCCGAGGACGACCGACGCGCCAAGGCUGACGAGGACGAGAGGGCUCGAGCCGUCGCGGAGACGAAGAGGCGCGACGAGGAAGACGCUCGACGAGCCGAAGCCGUCGCCGCGCAACUCGCGCUCAAGAAGGCGUCGCAGGAGAAGCUCGCCGAGGAGGAGGCGAGGCGGCUCGCCGCGGAGGCUGCGGCCGCGGCCCGCGCCGCCAUGGAACGCGAGCAGAUCAAGGAGGAGGAGGAACGCAGGGCGGAGGCGCUGGCGCGCGCGAAGAAGGCGAUGGACGACGAGGCGAAGCGCCGGCUCGCCGAGGACAAGCGCAGGCAGCAGGCGGACAUGGAGAUGAAGCGCAUGGCGGAGGCUGAGAUCGCCGAGCGCCAGAAGGAGGACAAGAGGCGGAGGGACGUCGAGUCGGAGGAGCAGCGACUGGCGAUCGCCGAGACGCGGCUUCGCGACCAGGCGGAGGCGGCGGCGAGGCAGCGCGAGAUUGACAUGGAACGCAAAUCCGCCGAGGCUGAGCGCAUCCGCGCCUCCGAGGAGGCGCGCCGCGCCGCCGCCGACGCCGACGCGCAGCGACGCGCCGAGGCGGAGAAGGCUCGCCGCGAGAGCGAAGACGCGAGGCGCCAAGCCGCCGAGAAGUCGAUGCAAACCGCCGCGGAGAAUGAGCGCAGGCGCAGGCUCGAGGAGGACGAACGCCGCACCGUCGCCGCGCAGGCGCUUCAGAACGCCCUCGACGAGGAGAAGGCGAAGCGCGCGCAGGAGGACCUUCGCAGGCAGCAGGCUCGCGCCGCCGCCGAAGCCGCCGCCGCCAUCGAGGAGGCGACGGUUUCCGCGGAGAAUGACAGACGAGCCAACGCGCGAGAGGCUGCGGUCCGCGCCGCCGAGGAAGAGCGCUCGCGGCGAGACGACGAGGAGGCCCGCAGGCGCGAAGCCGCGGACGCCUACCAGUCCCUCCUGGAGUCUCUCCGGGGCCUCGACGGCGAGUUUGAGCCCCGCCGGCUCGCCGCGGCGAAGGCUGCGCAGGCGGCGUUGGACCUCGAGAAGGACGCGCUCGCCUCGGCCAAACGCGCCCUCGAGGACGCCGUGGCCGAGGACAAGGCUCUCGCGGAGCAGGAGGCCAAGGACCGCGCCGCCGAGGACACGAAGAUCGCCGCCGCCAAGCUCGCGCUCGAGGAGAUGAUGCGAUCGGAGGCGCAGCGCAGGUCCGAGGAGGACCAGCGCCGCCGCGCCGCGCAGGCUGAGCUCGAGCGGCUCGUGCUCGUGGACCGCAGCUUGGGCGAGACGGAGGAGCGCCGCCGCGCCGCGUUCGACCUCGAGAUCGAACGCCUCUCCAAGCUCGCCGAGGACGAGGCUCGACGGCAGGAGGCGUCGGUGCGAGCAGCCGAGGAGGCGCGCCGCCGCGACGCCGAGGCGGCUAUUCGCGCCAAGGACGAGGACGAGCGAAGGGUCCAAAAGGAGGAGGAUGCCAGGCGCGUCGCCGCGGACGCCGCGAUCGAGGCUGCCGAGCGCGACCUCGCGCAGCAGAUCGCGCAGGAGGACAACCGCAGGGUCCAGUGGGAGGUGUCCAUGUCCGAGCGGGCGCGAGCCGAGGCUGAGAGGGUGGCUCGAGAGGAGCGCCGCGUCGCCGAGGCGGAGGAUGCCAUGCGUCGGAUGGUGCUCGAGGAGGAGAACAAGCGGAGGGAGGAGGAGUACCGCCGCGAACAGCUCGAGUCGCGGCUUCGCGCGAUCCAGGACGACGACGAGCGCCAACGCGCGGCGGAGGAGGCGCGACGCGCGGGCGCCGAGCUCCAGAUGCGACAGAUGGUCACCGAGGAGACCAACAUCACCGCGGCGGAGGAUGCGCGCAGGGCGCAAAUCGCCGCGGAGGUUGAGCUCGCGAACAAGAAGGAGGAGGCCAUCGUCGCCGCGGAGGAGGCGCGCAGGGCCGACGCCGACGCCGCCAUCGCCCGCGCCCGCGCCGCUCUCGACGCCCUCAUCGCCGAGAUUGACGCGAGGAGGAAGUCGUACGAGGCGGCCAUCUCCACGGCGGCGGCGGCGGAGGCGGCGAAACGCGCGGACGAGGACUCCCGCCGACGCGACGAGGAGGAGGACCGCCGGCGCAGGUCCGAGGCGGAGGUCAACAUGCGAGUCUCGGAGGACACCCGACGGGCUUCCGAGGAGAACCGCAGGUUCAAGGCUGAGACGGCGGCGAAGCGAGCGAGGGAUUUCGAGGAGAAGCGCCGAGCCGCCGAAGCCGCCAGGGCGUCCUCCGUCAUGAGGGAGCUCGAGGCGGAGGCUGAGCUCCGCAAGAAGGCUGACGCCGCGAGAAAGGCGGCGGCGGAGAAGGCUGCCGAGGCUGAGAAGGCGGUGAGCGCGGCGGAGGACAGGAGGCUCAAGCGCGAGCGCGAAGCCGCCGAGGCGGCGGCGAAGAAGGCUGAGGAGCGCGAGCGCGCGGAGACGGAGAAGCGGCGCAAGCGGGAGGAGGAGGAACGGGCCGCGGCCGUCGCCGAGGCCAAGGCUCGCGCGGACGCCGCCGCCGAGGCUGCCGCCGAGGCUGAGGAGGCCUCCAAGGCUCAGGCCAAGGCUGCGACUGAGAAGGCUGCGGCUGAAGCCGCCGCCGCGGCGGAUGCCAAGGCUGACGCCGAGGCCAAGGCUGCGGCGGAUGCCAAGGCUGCCGCCGCGGCCGAGGCCAAGGCUGUCGCGGAGGCUGCCGCCGCGGCGAAAGCCGCGAGGGAGGCGGCCGAGGCGGCCGUGCGCGAGGCUGAGGCCAAGGCGAAGCAGAUGGAGGAGGAAGCCGCCGCGAAGAAGGCGAAGGCCGCCGCCGAGAAGGCGAAAGCCGCGCCGCCCGUGGACGUCUUCGCCGCCGCGGCUGAAACCUUCGGCGCUCCCGUCCCCGAGCCCGUCCCCGAGCCCGUCCCCGAGCCCGUCAAGGCGCCCAUGACCCCGACUCCCGUCACGGGUCCCAAGGCGGCGCCCAAAACCCGCGGCGAGCGCCGCGCCGAGCUCGUCGAGGCGACCAACCGCGUGAGGGAGGAGCUCAAGACGGCGACGGAUACCAAAUCCGUCGAGCAGCGCAAGGCUCGACUCCUGGCCAGGCUGGACAGGAACCAGGCGCUCGAGGUGGCCGUGGAGGUUGCCCUCAUCGACAAGGACCCGCAGCUCGUCACCGAGGUGCUCCAGGUAACGUCCAACGUCGUCGCCGCCGCCGAGACGCUCGCCGCGCUUCACCGCUCAGACGAGAACCGCGCGGCGGAGGUGCUCAUGGGCCUCGACGCCCCCCGGGGAGCCGAGUACCUGCGUCUCAUGGUCGAGCAGCUCAACGACGUGGACGCGGCGUCCGCGUUGGUGGGCGCCGAGGAGCCCGGUCGCGUCGUCGCCGUGGCGCAGUUCCUCCUUCCCUACGGCGCCAGGUCGGUGCUCUACAAGGGUAAGGAGCUGCUCGCGCUCGUCGCGUCGACAAGUACAUCCGCCGCCAAGGCCAUAUACGCCGGUCUCGAGUACACCGAGCAGGUGUCCAUCCUGCGCAGGCUCGUGCUUGGGUUGGGCCAGAGGCCCGGGAGCGAGGAUAAGGAGGAGGGCGCGCUGUCCAGGACGGCGCUGGUGGACGCGAGCGUCUUUGACGGGGGCAAACCCGACCCGGAGUUGGCGGCGACGCUCCUCUCCGGGCUGGACGCCAAGAAGGCGACUGAGGUGCUCCACAGGUUCCGCACGAAGGGCGUGAAGCAGGGGAGCGAGAAGUGGCAGAGGCGGCAGGACGCGGUGGAGGAGGUGCGGAGGGUGCUCUCCACCCUCGACGCGGCGCUCGCGUCGGAGGUGGACUCGCUCCUGGCCAGGAAGAGGCGAUGA